AUGAGUGAUUCAGACGAGCAAGAGGAUAGAGAUAACCUGGCCGCGAGAGAGAUCGCGCUGGCCGAGCAGCACGAAGAUCCGCCGGAUCCGAAUGCCGCGCACAAUCGCGCCAAUGAUGGAGCGCGACACAAUGAAGAAGUCAUGGGAGACUUCGAUUCUAAUCCAACACUACUAAUCGACCGGAAUCCCAUCCAGCCGCCACUUCUUGAAGGAAGAAGCUAUGAGAUUUCACCAGAGAUUAUUGGUUUGGUGAAACAAAAUCAGUUCCAAGGUGUUGGAUUAGAUCCGAAUGCCGCGCACAAUCGCGCCAAUGAUGGAGCGCGACACAAUGAAGAAGUCAUGGGAGACUUCGAUUCUAAUCCAACACUACUAAUCGACCGGAAUCCCAUCCAGCCGCCACUUCCUGAAGGAAGAAGCUAUGAGAUUUCACCAGAGAUUAUUGGUUUGGUGAAACAAAAUCAGUUCCAAGGGAAACCGCAUGAGAAUCCUUUGGAACAUAUUGAUGCUUUAGAAGAAACUUGUGGCACCAUCAGUGCAGGAGGUGCGCCCAAAGAGUACUUGAAGUGCAAACUAUUCUCUUUCACUUUGACAGGGAAGACUUUGCGCUGGGUUAAGUCUCUUCCAGCUCAAUCCAUAACCACAUGGAAAGAGUACAAGGUGGCAUUCCUAGGUCACUUUUUCACAAAGCAAAGAGCAAACUUGUUGAGAGAAAAGAUCUCUAGCUUCCAACAAGGGCCGGUGGAGCCUUUUCAUGAAGCAUUGGAGUGUUUUAAAGACUAUACAAGAGAGUGUCCUAACUAUGGGCUAUCUGAAGGCAGUCUAUGGAACAUUUUCUACAGAGGAAUAAGUGGGAAGUGUAGAUUUUCUCUUGAUACAGCCAGCAAUGGAAAUUUCAUGACCAAGACAGUUACUGAAGCAAAGAUUUUGAUUGAAAAUCUAGCCUCAAGCGACAGUGACAACUUCAUUGGUCAUGAGAGGGCAGUGAAGGCCAUAAAUUCUGAUCCAUACAGAGAUGGAUACAGCGAAAUCAAAGCCAUGAUGGCUGAGAUACUGAGAAACCAAGGAAGAGAAGUGGAGAGACAAAGAGAAGCUUAUAGAGUUGAAUCCACAAUAAUUCAAGACUACUUUGGAGAUUUGAUCCCAAACUUUCAAGAAGAAGUAAACUUUGUUGGAAUAGAUGGAUCAGCACAUAGAGAAGAAGCUUGGAAAGGGAGCAUGAUGUUUUUACUCAAGAAUCACCCAAUGAGAAGAGGGAUGUUCAUGGAGGAAGAAAUUAUCAGCAACCACCUCACAAGAGAAGAAUGGAGCCAAGGAGCAAUUUUGAAGAUUUGA